AACAACAAGACAAUGGAAGGUUGAGCCGGCCAGAAUCAUUGAGAAGCGCGAGAAGAUCCGACGCUCGACGUCGCGGACUUGGCGUCGGCGUCGACCUUUUCCUAGACAUUGAAAAAAAAUUGGAUGCGUUCGUUACAUAGUCAGUGUCAAGGUGUACGCACCCCACCCCGUAUAUGUGUGGUGUUCCAAUUUCGUAUAAAAACAAAUUGCGGCAAUGUUAUGUUAUGCAGUUUGCACGUCGUUUGUUUUUGGCCGAUUUAGGUGAGGACGCGACGGUUGGUAGCACUGUUUUGGGAAUAAUGUGGCCGUGUUUGUGGUUCCUGUUUGCUGUGGUUUUGGCUGGAUGUGGUGCGGCGCCGACCAAUGAGACGAGGAGUAGAAGCAGUAGGAGUAUCGGGAAUUGUGAUUGUGUUUGUGGAAAGAGCUAUAGAAAUAUGCGAGUAGUUGGAGGCAAUGAGGCUAACGCCCAUGAAUUCCCGUGGUUAGUGGGCCUAACAAAAAGUGGAGAAUUCCAGUGUGGGGCUAGCUUAAUCACGAAGAAACACCUUUUAACUGCUGCCCACUGUGUGAAUGGAUUCGACAUACAGGACCUAUCUGUGGUCUUAGCCGACCACAACAGGGUGGCCCCUAACAGAUUGUCAACAGUAAUCGUAAGGGGUGUGAAAAGUAUCAGGGAACACGAGCGUUUCGACAAAUACAGCUACAACAACGACAUAGCCGUCUUGGAGAUGGACAGCCCUGUCGACUUCACAACCACAGUACAACCAGCCUGUCUUCCUCGUAGAGGUGAAUUUUCUAUGGUUGAUUUUUCCUGGUAAUGUAUUCUUCUUCUUCUUCUUUCAGCUGCCGACUACGCUGGGCGAGAUGCAGUGGUGGCGGGUUGGGGUAAAACAGGGGAGAACGAGAUUACGUCUAAUAUUUUGAGGAAAGUGACACUUCCGGUUUGGAGCAAAGAUCAGUGUUUGAAUUCCGAUUAUGGGCGAAGGAAAAUUUCGGAUAAUAUGUUCUGCGCUGGGUUUUCUGCUGGGAAACUGGAUGCUUGUCAGGGUGACAGUGGAGGUCCCUUACAUAUGAACAAUGCCAACAGUGGUGUAAUGGAGAUAAUCGGGCUUGUUUCUUGGGGUAGAGGUUGUGCCAGACCAAACCUGCCUGGUAUUUAUACCAAAGUGACCAACUAUUUGGACUGGGUGAACAAUGCUUUGAAUGGAGAAUGUUUGUGUCGACCUCAGAGGUAUCGGCGAUUUAACUGUACUUCUCUCGAAUUCAACCUAUGCUGUCCAGAGUCUACAGUACGGUCUUCGUCUUCCGUGAAUUUCAAUCGAUUUGGUCAAUCGAUGCGUUGUAUGAUGACCUCUUCGGUUUUUGGUGCGGUGCUGUGUGUUGUUUUGGUGUCAUGCGAAGCUAAGGAAAUUUCAAACAGUGGAAAUUCUCCUGCCGUCGGGAAUCCAAAGUUACGAACCUGGUCAUCCUUCGCCCACAAAUCUGAUAUAAAUGAUGGAACUGAGGUGCAAAGUUUGGAGGGAGGUGCAUCUUUUGAAACAGAAACCUUCAAACCUCUAGUUCUCAACCCGAAUUCUACAUACGAACAGUAUCAAUCAAAGCCCAACAACAGAUUUUUGGAUUGGCUUUUGAGUUUCUGGAAUGGAGGAAACAACAAUCAUGGAAGCAACAAUCAUAAUAAUAAUAACAAUAACAAACCAACUACUCCACACAAGUGUUCAUCUUGUAAAUGUGGCCUGACCAACACGUGGCAAAGAAUAGUGGGAGGAGUGAUAACCAAAGUGAAUCAUUGGCCUUGGGUGGUGGCCCUCAUGAAUAACAACCAAUUCUACUGCGGAGGCUCCUUGAUCAACAGCAAAUACGUCCUAACAGCCGCCCAUUGCACCAAAGGGGUGUCCAAAGAACGGGUCCUGGCUGUGUUUUCGGAGCACGACAGAAGCGAUCCAUCAGAAACAAUGACGUUUGUAAGGAAAAUCAGCGGUAUAUUCAGACAUGCUAAGUAUAAUAUGAAUGCAAAUUACAACAAUGAUAUAUCCCUGUUGCAACUGGCGCAAGAAGUUAACUUUUCUGAUAAGUUGAGGCCGGUAUGUUUGCCGGCUUUGGAGCAGAGUUACGCUGGUUAUGUUGGGACUGUCACAGGUUGGGGAGCUACAGCAGAAUACGGUUCCACCUCGAAAGUAUUGAGAGAGGUGAACGUACCUAUAAUAUCAAACGACGAUUGUAGAAAAACCAAGUAUGGUAACAAAAUAACAACGAACAUGCUCUGCGCUGGUUUUAUUGGAAAAGGUGGUAAAGAUGCCUGUCAGGGUGAUAGCGGUGGACCUCUCCAUGUAGCCAAUGGAACAAAGAAUAUGAUUGUAGGGAUUGUAUCUUGGGGAGAAGGUUGUGCUGAAGCAGAAUACCCUGGAGUGUACACACGCGUGAAUAGGUUCAUCACUUGGAUACAUGCUAACACCGUAGAUGCUUGUUACUGUUCUGAAUAAAAUUAGUGAAGACCA